UUUCGGGAGUGGCCUACCUACUUUGACACUUCUUCAACCUCUCCCUUUGAAUUUUUCUUACCCUCUCUCUCUCUAGUCUUCAUCAACUCCUCUAUCUUUCUCUCUCCUCAUUGUCUUUCAUAUCAACUGCAGAAAAGCAAAAUCAAGCGAGGAGAAAGAAGAAAGAGAGAUGUGUCCGUUAAGGCUGAUCCUCAUAUUCUUGUCGGCUACUCUAGCUGGCUUCUUUGUCCUCAAGAAGCUCAACACUUCCUACGACGAUCCUCUCGCCGACCCUCUCGCCGAAGCUGAUCCCGUCGACGCUGACUCUGACUCUGACUCCAAAUUCUCUAAGGUGGGAAUGGCAAUGAAGUCUGGAUUUUGGACAUGCGUUGACAUGGCAAGUGGCCGCUAUCUCUGGAACCAUCUCUGUUCCAAUUCCGACAAGUCGUCUUGAGUUCUCUUACUCUCUCUCUGUCUCUAUCUCCAUUGUCUGUAAUUGUCUAAUUGUUGCAAUGGACAACAACUAAAUCGCAUAUUGUCACUGUACUAUAUUACAGAUCUCGUCUUCACCAUUAAAUUUUCAAUAAAGACGAGUCUUUUAUCAGUU